AUGCCCAAAAUCUUUCUCAUCACCGGAAGCUCAACUGGCUUUGGCCAUGACUUGGUACAGGAAGUACUAAACCGUGGAGACAUUGCUAUUGCGACCGCUCGCAAUCCAGCAUCAUUGGAAUUCGAAAACACCACAGAGAAGAACUAUCUGCCGUUGGAGCUUGAUGUGACAAGUGUCGAGUCCAUCAAAGCUGCAUUCGCCCAGGCUGUCAAGCACUUUGAGAGAAUCGACGUGGUGGUGAACAACGCGGGAUAUGGUCUCUCGGGAUGUUUCGAAGAAUAUACCGACGCCCAGAUCCGAAUGCAAAUGGAAGUCAACUUUUUCGGUCUUGUCAACGUUACUCGAGAAGCCAUGGCGACUAUGAGAGAUCAAACGCCUAGCGGUGGCGUAAUUCAACAAGUUACCAGCGUGGGUGGACAACGCGGAGCUGCUACCUUCAGCCUCUACGCUGCAAGUAAAUGGGCCGUUGAAGGCUUCACUGAGUCUAUCGCAAAGGAAGUGAAGCCCGAGUGGGGUAUCAAGUUUACAUGUGUUGAACCAGGUGGUUUCAGAACUGAUUGGGCUGGUCGCUCAAUGACAUUUACUGAUCGUCAUCCGGCUUAUGACCAUUUGGAUGCUAAGAAGACCAUGAUGGCCCGACAUGGAACUCAGCCUGGCGAUCCAAAGAAGGCAGCGAGAGCAUUUUACGACCUGGCUGUUAUGGAUGAACCGCCCCUGAGAGUGCUGCUUGGUUCAGAUGCUUACCCAGCUAUUCUGGCAAAGUUGGAGGACCAGAGAAAAGACUUCAUGAAGUACGAAGCAAUCAGCUUGAGCACCGAUGUAUAG